AUGGAGGCUACUAGUGUGGGCGUGGACGAGCCAAUUCAGGGGGAGAAGGCCCAGGAAGACGAUGGACGAGGUCGCGGCACCGGAGGCAUAGCCAAAGAGGAGAGGAUACGGGUCUCGGUGAGGCUGAGGCCCCUGAAUUCUAAGGAACUGGCGAGGAACGACCAGUCCGACUGGGAGUGCAUCAACGACACCACCAUCAUCUUCAGGAACAUCCUGCCGGAGCGCUCCAUGUUCCCCGCCGCCUACACUUUCGGUAAAGACAUUCUUGCAGACACCUCGUGAAUAAAAAAUGGGGCAUUGCCCGUUUCGUUCAUCUCGAUAUUCCCUUCGUGGGAAAUCUCUUUUCUCGGAUCCCGCCUCAAAUUUAGGAUCUGCAUGCCGGAACUGAUCCUUCUCCUUCGUCUGUAUUUGUUCAUCUUCCUCCUCUAGACAGGGUGUUCAGACACGACAGUGAUACGAAGCGAGUAUACGAGGAGGGGGCGAAAGAAGUUGCUCUAUCUGUGACCAGCGGAAUCAAUGGUGGGCGCUUCCAUCCCUGUCCGCCUCCGUUUCCCCUGCUCCAUCGGAGAUCUUUUCUUGAGAAAAAUGAAGCUAAUGGAGCCCCGCUGUGUCAGCAAGCAUCUUCGCUUACGGACAGACGAGCAGUGGGAAGACCUACACCAUGACCGGGAUCACAGAGUAUGCCAUGUCUGAUAUCUAUGACUACAUAGAAAGGGUAAUCUACGACUACAGUGAUUACCUUUCAACAAUAAAAAAAAUCAUCGAUUUUUUUUUUCUUUCGAAAAUUUUCGUUCGACCCAAUUCCUGAAUUUCCGAUGGGCAUGGUAUUGCACUAAUCUAAUCUCAGCACAAGGAGAGAGAAUUUGUGCUGAAGUUCUCAGCAAUGGAGAUAUACAACGAAGCUGUGAGGGAUCUACUAAGCGCUGACAGUACUCCCCUCAGGCUUCUGGACGACCCAGAUGCAAGUACCAAGCCUCCAUUUCUCAUCUUCUUCCCCUGACUGACUGAGUGAGAGAAUCGUUGUCGUCAGUCCGAGUUUGAUUCUCCUAAUCUUCUCUGCAGAGAGGGACCACCGUGGAGAAACUUACAGAGGAAAUACUCGAGGACUGGAGCCAUAUGCAGGAGCUUCUGUCCAUGUGUGAAGGUCUCCGAAAUCUCUGCAAGAUGUCUUCGUACAGCGUUCCAAGUCUUUAGAUUCUUACCGACGUCCGCCGUGUUGCAGCUCAAAGGCAGAUUGGAGAGACCACCUUGAACGAGACGAGCUCCAGAUCUCAUCAAAUCCUUAGAUUGGUCAGUUUCCUUGGCCGGAUCAGCCAGAGAGGUUAGGCUUUAUUUCUUGUGAAAAGCUUUCUGGUUAACCCAUUUUCUGUGACUGUGGAUUCCUCCAGUCCGUUGAGAGCUCUGCUCGGGAGUUUGCGGGGAAAGACAACUCGCGCAGCCUCGCCGCCAGCGUGGUACGAGAAGGCUCAAGUGGGUCAAGCUAAUUUUCAGUCUCCUCACUGACGGGCUAAUUAUUGUUUUCUUUGAGGGUGGCAGAAUUUUGUUGACUUGGCGGGCAGCGAGCGGGCAUCUCAGACGUUGUCCGCAGGCGCCCGGCUGAAAGAGGGCUGCCAUAUUAAUCGCAGCUUGCUAACUCUGGGGACCGUCAUUCGCAAGCUAAGGUUGGCCUCCCUGGUGCUUUCCAUUUUGGGCAUCCUUUCCAGUAUCGCUUAGCUCCCAAUAUAAAGUUCAUAAUGGUUGGCAUUCUAUGAUUUGAUUUCCACCAGCUGCUCGGAGUAGACAAGAUCUGGGGUUUUUUUUUUUCUUUUUUGGGAUGCAAAUCUGCUUCAUGAUUCAAGCUGAUACGUUUUCUGAAAGCAGCAAGGGACGGAGUGGCCACAUCCCAUUUCGGGACUCCAAGUUAACACGCAUACUCCAGUCGUCCUUGGGAGGCAAUGCCAGGACCGCAAUUAUCUGCACGAUGAGUCCCGCCAGAAGCCAUGUGGAGCAGUCCAGGAAUACCCUUCUGUUUGCGAGCUGCGCCAAGGAGGUGGUCACCAGUGCGCAGGUCAACGUGGUCAUGUCGGACAAGGCCUUGGUCAAGCACCUGCAGAAGGAGCUGGCGAGGUUGGAGGGUGAACUCAGAUGCUCUGGCCUUCCUUCCGGCAGCUCUUACUCCGAGACCUUGUUGAAAGAGAAAGAUGCCCAGAUUCAGAAGGUGACAAUGCAUCAUCUUGUCUCUAUGAAAUGCUAUACUAGACAUCAAAAUUUACAGGCUCUUUCCAUAAAUGGUUCUUUCAUCAUCACCAGGGGAUAUUAGCCGACCAUCUGCCUUUCUUAGGAGCCGCAUUAAGCACAGAAAUCUGGGUUUAGAGGGGAACUUACUGCUCAACUUACGACUGAACCCAGACUUCAUUCUGCAGAUGGAAACAGAGAUGAGAGAACUCACCAGGCAGCGUGAUCUUGCUCAAUCUCGGCUUGACGAUUGGCUCAGGGCUGUAGGAGAUCGAGAGCCACAACAAUCGGUAAUUACCCUUCUUCCAGAUGAGAUGCUCAUGUGUAACGAUUCUGCUGUUUCAUCUUCCAAUCUCGGGUUCUACUUCUCCUUUCAGGGUGAUUUUUUCCUAAAUUCAAUGCGGCAUGGCCUCAAUACCUUGGAAGGUGGAUUAUUUUCUCUCUCUGAGCCCUCGACUGUUCAUGAUUAUGGCUUCAUCUACUCCAACACUCUUGGGGAUUCCUCCUGUUGUGGUGUUAAUCACAACGACAGCUUCCAAGCACUUGACUCAAGCUCAAUCAGUGGUGAGAGUUCUGUCAGCUCAGCUCACAAAGUCUUGGAGGGUGCAACCCAGGCUGGCUCUCUAGAAAUGGAGCUUUGCAGGGAUGUUCGAUGCAUAGAGACUGAGGAGAACAGCACAGGCACAAAUGGGGAAUCUAAUGAGGUUUUAACUGAAGGAAAUCAUAAACCGCCGCUCCCAACAGCAUUAAGCAACCUUGAAGACCAAGAGCUGACAAAGAUUGAAGGCUUGGAAGAUGUGAAUGGAAGGAAAGCCAUUAAUUCCUCACCAUGGCUGCUGCAGGGUCCUCUGCCCUGCCCCAGAAGCCUUGGCCUGACCAGGAGCCGAAGUUGCAGAGCCUCUUUCAUGAAUGAAUCUACUCCUCUCUGGCUCCCAGAGGAAGAACAACCAAGUGGCAAUGCACCACCAAGCAGCUUUCUGAGAGGUUUCUCUGCAAAGAGCGGAGAGUUCCCAAGAACACCUCCACCACUGAGCUGUAACGCUGGAAAUAAGACCAAUUUAGAAGACGGAAAUCGGAGGCCACACAAUUCUCUGGAACCGGAAAGCAUGAAUUCUGAACCGGAAGAGAGCAUCACCAGCAUCAGUAGCUUUAUCGCAGAAAUGAAGGGUAUGGCCCAGAAUAGGUUUCAGAGCCAGCUGAACGAUGGGCAGGUGAGAACACCCAUAACGAGAAAAUAAUGAAACCUUUGCAGCACUGGUUCUUACUCUUGAGUUCAAUAAUGAUCAUAAUCUGUCGAUUUUUCCACUGGUUCUUACUCAUGAGCUCAAUAAUGUUCCUAAUCAACAGAUUUCUAUGACUUUCUUAGGUUCCCUACUUUUUUCUUUUUCAUUGCAAAGAUUCCACUGACCCCGAACCCAUCAACUAAUUCCAUGGAUAUUAUGUCAACAGGUUAAGGAUCAGAAAGGCGUUGACCAUACCGGCUUGGACACAGCCAUAAAUCCCACAGAAUGCCCCAGUUGGCCAGCAGAAUUCGAGAGACAGCGGCAGGAGAUCAUCAGACUCUGGCACGCCUGCAGUGUGUCCUUGCUCCACAGAACCUACUUCUUCCUCCUCUUCAAAGGGGACCCUGCUGACUCCAUAUACAUGGAGGUGGAGCUGCGGCGCCUUGCCUUCCUGCGGCGGGUUUUCACUGAAGGGAGUAUUGACAAAUCAGUGGCCGAAAAUGACUUGAAGAUCACUCCAGCAUCAAGGUAGCCUCUCCAGAUUUCCAGUUCUAUUUGGACCAGCUAGCCUUUCCAGCUUCAGAAAUCCUUGACACCUUUUUGCUUCUCUGGCUUGGUGGCAGCAUGAGGGCUCUCCGACGUGAAAGGGAGAUGUUGUGUUACAAGCUGCAGAAGAGGUUAUCAGGGGAGGAGAGGGAGAGCCUCUACCGGAAAUGGGGUAUCCCCCUGCAUUCCAAGAAAAGAAGGGCACAGCUAUCCCGGCUGCUGUGGAGUGACACCAGCAACAUGGACCACAUCAAAGACAGUGCAUCAGUGGUGGCGACACUCAUCGGGCUGCUCGAGCCGAACCAAGCCCUCAAGGAGAUGUUCCAGCUUAGCUUCAUGCCCCAGCGGAUCCCCACCAGAUCCCAGAGCUGGAAACACAGCAGGUCUUCUCUUAUUUGA